AUGAACAACUUCCAGCAUCGAAUCCGAUCCCCUCUGCCCUCAGGCCAGAAAAUCAGCUUGCCGGCCGAGAGAUGGGAGUUGGAAGCGCUAUACAUUGCGCCGCAGUACCAGCGCCAAGGGUAUGGUAUGGAGGCACUGAAAUGGGGGCUCGAGACUGCGAAAGAGGAAGGCGUGGAGAUUUGGGUUUGGAGUUCGGAUGCUGGGAAAAGGGUUUAUGAAAAGGCCGGGUUUGAGGGGGUGGGGAGGAUUGGGUUUGGGGAUUUAGUUUCUUCUUGUCGUAAGGUGGUGGAGGAUGGGGGAGAAGGGGAGGUGGCGGUUUGGGUUAUGAGGUGGAGGGACAAUUAA